AACCUUGUGUGACUGAGCUCAAGAGCAGUGCAUCCCGAUUCUCCUCAGAAGUGAGACUUUCCAAAGGACCAAUGACUCUGUUUCCUGUGCCCUUUCAUUUUUUCCCACUCCGUAGCUAUGUCUCGAUCUCGCCAUGCAAGGCCUUCCAGAUUAGUCAGGAAGGAAGAUGUAAACAAAACGAAAAACAGCCAGCUGAAGAAGACAUCCAAGCCAGCACCAUUAGUCAAGACUUUAAGUCCUGGAACAUUAAAACAAAUAAUUCAAGAAAGAGAUGUUAAGAAAAAAACAGAGCCUAAACCACCUAUGCCAGUCAGAAGCCUUCUGACGAGAGCUGGAGCAGCACGCAUGAAUCUGGAUAGGACAGAGGUUCUUUUUCAGAACCCAGAGUCCUUAACCUGCAAUGGGUUUACCAUGGCUCUCCGAAGCACCUCUCUCAGCCGGCGACUCUCCCAACCCCCAGUGGUCAUAGCUAAACCCAAGAAAGUCCCACCUAAGGGUUUAGAAAAGCAACAUGUUUGUGAUUAUAAGGUACUCACUGACUUGGGAGUAAAGCCCUCAGCAAAUGAUUCAGUCCCAAUGCAAGAUACCCGAAUCCUUCCUGAUUUAGAGACUCUAAUUGGUGUACAAAAUGCAUCUUUAAUUAAAGGUAAGAGCCAAGAGACAGCCCAGUCUUGGUCCCAGAGGGUUGAGGAUUCCAAAAUCAGUGUCCCCACCCAUAGCGGCCCUCCAGCAGAGAUCCUUUCUGGGCCACUGAUAGGGACGCAUUGUGAUGAAGGACUGUUCUCUGAAGAGACAUUGAAUGAUGCCAGUGGUUCCCCUAGAAUAUUUGCUCAGGACACUGUGUGUGCUCCUUUGCCCCAAAGAGCAGCCCCCAAAGUUACCUCUCAAAGAAACCCCAACAUUCAGUUAGAAGAGUUGGGUUCACGAGUAGAAUCUCUUAAGUUAACUGAUUCUUACCUGGAUCCCAUCCAAAGUGAACAUGAUUGCUGCCCCACCUCCAGUUUAAAAAAGGUUAUACCUGAGUUGAAUCUUAGAAACUGCUUGUCUAUUGGUGGGUCCACAUAUCCUACCUCUGUAAUAAAAUUCUUCUUGGCAGGCUCAGAACAAGAAACCCUUGGUGCUAAACCAGAUCAUCAAGAGGCCCUCAAAGCUACCGCAGAUCAACAGGAAGUUCCUGAUACCACCUCUGUCCUAGGACAGACCUUCGGUUCUCUCCCACAUCAGUGGGAAUUUCCUGGUGCUAACCCAGUUCAUGGUGAGACCCUGGGUGAGACCCCAGAUCCACCAGAAAUUCCUGGUGCUAUUCCAGUCCAAGGAGAGGUCUUUGGUACUGUCUUAGACCAACAAGAAACUCUUGGGAUGGGCGGGGGUGCUGUCUCAGACCUGCCUCUCUUCCUUCCUGUUCCUCCAAACCCAAUUGCUACCUGUAACGCUCUUCCCAAAUGGCCUGAGCCCCAGAGCACUGUCUCAUAUGGGCUUGCAGUCCAGGGUGCUAUACAGAUUUUGCCUCUGGGCUCAGGACACACUCCUCAAUCAUCAUCAAACUCAGAGAUAAGUUCAGUACCUCCAGUCAUGGCUCUAAGCAAUGUAGAAAAUGAGAAGCAGGUUCAUAUAAGCUUUCUGCCAACUCACACUCAGGGGUUCAUGUUAGCCCCUGAGAGAGGACUCGGCCACACUUCGCAGGGUGUUGCUCAACUCUCCCAGGCUGGUCCCAGCAAAUCAGAAAGAGAGAGCUCUCAGGUCAGCAUGACAAGCACGACUGAUGUCAACACCACAGUGGUGUCUGCACCCAUGUCACUCGCCAGUACCUCCUCUUCUCCUUCCUAUACCACUUUGCUGCCUACUUUGGAAAAGAAGAAACGAAAGCGAUGUGGGGUGUGUGAGCCCUGCCAGCAGAAGACCAACUGUGGUGAAUGUACUUACUGCAAGAACAGAAAGAACAGCCAUCAGAUCUGCAAGAAGCGGAAAUGUGAGGAGCUGAAAAAGAAACCGUCCGUCAUCGUGCCCCUGGAGGUUAUAAAGGAAAACAAGAGGCCCCAGAGGGAAAAGAAGCCCAAAGUUUUAAAG